AUGGAGCUGGCAUACUUUUCAACCGAUGUUUGGAAGAAAGAGGAUCUGGAUUCUUCACGAGUGGGUGUCGAUAAGCUGCAAUCUUUUCUGGAAGAGAUUCUGGACAGUGAUAUUGAGUGUGAGCUACCGAAGGUUCGUGAGGAUAUACGGGUUCUUUUCCGGGAGAAAAAGAAAGAGUUGGUUGAGCUUGGAGCAAAAUAG